UACGAGUUGUAAACAUAUUUGACAAGCACCAGUUUAGAAGUUUACAUCGCACAUUGGAUGGUCAUAUGAAAUCAAUCGUUGAAAAAGGAAACAAGAAUCGUCUUUUGCGAAGAGUUUGGAUUUGGCUAUCAUUAUUGUGCUGUUUGAGAGGCGGUGAUGCUAAGCGAUUAAAAGCAUCUUGGAUUAAAGAAUUAGACAAUGGAGAAAUGCAACUCGAGUUACCUAAAGAAAAAAAUCAUGCUGGUGGGGUUAAAGAUCCGUAUGCAGAAGCUGGCAUUAGUUUUAUUCCUUCUGAUUCUUUAGAAAAUGCAUAUACACCGGUUGCUGAUAUUAAAAGAUAUUUAUUAAGACGUCCAAAUAAUGUUGAAGAUGAUUAUUUUUUUGUCUCAAUUAAUGUUCCAAAAAAAGAGGCUAAAUUAGAUUUUAAAAGUCGUAAUAUUACUAAUCAUUCAAUGAGAUCGACAG